GGCCCGCACGCGCGCGCCCCGUCGCUGCCCGCCUGCCCGCGCCCCGGCCCGGGAAGGAAGAGGACUCCUGGCCACACUUGAAUGUGAGUUCUGACCCUCGGAGGAGUCUCUGAGGAAUCGAAGCCAUCAUCAUGGAGUUCGUGAUGAAACAGGCCCUGGGAGGGGCCACCAAGGAUAUGGGGAAGAUGCUGGGCGGUGACGAGGAGAAGGACCCCGAUGCGGCCAAGAAGGAGGAGGAGCGCCAGGAAGCGCUGCGCCAGGAGGAGGAGGAGCGCAAGGCCAAGUACGCCAAGAUGGAGGCGGAGCGCGAGGUCAUGCGGCAGGGCAUCCGCGACAAGUACGGCAUCAAGAAGAAGGAGGAGCGCGAGGCCGAGGCCCAGGCGGCCAUGGAAGCCAACUCUGAGGGCAGCCUGACGCGACCCAAAAAGGCCAUUCCCCCGGGCUGCGGGGAUGAGCCGGAAGAGGAGGACGAGAGCAUCCUGGACACGGUCAUCAAGUACCUGCCCGGGCCGCUGCAGGACAUGUUUAAGAAGUAAUGUCCCGGCGCUGGGCAGCAGCCGGCGGCGCCU